AUGGCAUACAUGGAUUAUGGAGAUGGAGAUCAUCAUGAGGAACAGUUUGAUGGAGAUGGAGAUCCCCAAAGGAACAAUGGGCUAUACCAUGUCAUAUCUGUGUUAAUGUCGAUCUUACUAUAUUCUACUUUCACAUUAAUGGCACCUAGCAACAGCACACCGUUUGCUUUGCGUUCAGUUCUUGAGAAGGACAAGUUGAAUGGAACAAACUACACGGAUUGGAUCCAUAACCUGAGAAUUGUUCUUAGGGCUGAUAAAAAGGAAGAUGUUCUAGACACCCCAUUACCAGAAGAACCUGCUGAUGAUGCACCUGCUACCAUUAAGAAUGCUUACAAGAAAGCAUGUGAUGCUAAUCUCGAAAACAAGCCUAGCUUUAAGAAGAAGGGCAAUUCUUGGAAGAAGAAGGGCAAGGUUUUGAAGUCUAAGCCAAACCCAGCGCCCAAGGUUAAAGCUGGACCUGCUCCAGACAAAGAGUGCUUUUAUUGUCACGAACUUGGUCACUGGAAGAGAAAUUGCAAGCAGUAUUUAGCUUCGUUGAAGAAUGGCGGAAGUAAGAGUACUUCCACCUCAGGUCAUAUAAGUGAGAAUCGCAUGAAGAGGCUCCAUUCUGAUGGGCUUUUAACUUUGUUUGAUUUUGAAUCAUAUGAGACAUGUGAGGCUUGCCUGCUGGGCAAGAUGACCAAGACACCUUUCACAGGUUUUGUGUUCACAAUAAAUGGUGGUGCUAUAAGUUGGAAAAGUUCCAAGCAGGAGACGGUGACAGAUUCUACAGCAGAGGCCGAGUACAUUACAGCUUCUGGAGCUACGAAGGAAGGUGUUUGGAUGAGGAGGUUCCUCAUUGAACUUGGUGUGUUUCUGAAUGCAUCCAGCCCAUUGAAUCUACAUUGUGACAACAAUGGGGCAAUUGCGCAGGCUAAGGAGCCAAGGAAUCACCAAAAGAACAAACAUGUACUGCGGAAAUUUCACCUCAUUCGAGAGUUCAUUAGACGAGAUGAGAUCAAGAUGUGCAAGAUACACACAGAUUUGAAUGUUGCAGAUCCUUUGACAAAGGCUCUUCCACAGCCUAAGCAUGAGGCGCACAUGAGAGCUAUGGGUAUUAGAUAUCUUCUAGAUAGACUCUACUGCAAGUGGGAGACUGUUGGAGAUAUGCCCUAG